GGAAAAGCUUUACGGUUCUUACAAACCAAGAUGGCCGCAUCGCUGGCUCGGCUCAGUUAGUGAUGAAACCUGGACUGACCUGUACAGAUACCCUUCAAACACCGCCCUGAAGUGACAGCUAUUUUGUCUGCCAGCAUGGCCUUAGCAUCAAGAAGGAUUUUUUUAUCCAGGACUAUGUGGAUGCGUUUGGCUGCUUUCACUAGGAAGGCUCUGGGACCUGAUGCAGCUGUAUAUUGUGCUUGCAACAAAUCUACUUAUUCCGCUCUUCCUGAUGACUAUAAUUGUAAAGUGGAACUUGCUAUGACAUCCGAUGGGAAGACGAUUGUUUUUUAUCAUCCUUCAUUGGACAUUCCAUAUGAACACACAAAACCCAUUCCACAACUAGAUCCAGUGAAUUAUAAAGAAGAAACUCAUGAUCAGGUGUUGAAACACAGAUUAGAAGCAGAGCAGCUCAAGAACAAGCCAGGUCCUACAAUUGAGGAGCUUAGUAAAAUGUUUUACACAACAAAACAUCGGUGGUAUCCUGUUGGGCAGUACCACACAAGACGCAAGAAAACAAAUACCCCCAAAGACAGGUGAACAUGAUCUUUGCCUGUCAUCUUUACAGUCAUGGAAAAUAACCCCUCAACAGGUGGGAUUCUUCAAACAUAUAUGUAUGCGUAUUAUGUUUUCAUUAAAGUAUUUCUAACUAAAAA